AUGGUGAGGCGUUCCACCCCAGCACCUGCCCCGCCACCACCAGUCCCACACGCUCUCAAUUUCGACAUCGAUGAUCCGACUGACUUUACCUCGCCCGAGCUCGGGCUGCUCGACGCGUCGUUGCGAUGUCCCAUCUGUUCCGAGCUCUUUGUCGGUCCCGUCAUCCUCACCACCUGUUGUCACACCUUUUGUUCGAGAUGUUUGAGGUCAGUCCACGUCUUAGUCUCGACUCAAACAUCCGAAGGCCCGUGCGGUCUUCCAUCUGGAUGAUCGGAUGAUGGACGACGACACGUCGCGGCGCGCUCAUCCCCGACUCGCCAGAUCUCAUCCCCGCGUGGUUUUCGUGGCGGCAGAGGCUGAGACAUAACCUGAGAUUUAUACAGACAGAGUCUCUCGGAACGUCGCAAGUGCCCACAAUGCGCAAUGGAAACCGACACCUCGAGGCUGCGCAAGAACCAGCGCAUCGAAGAGGUCGUACAGGCCUGGCAAAAAGCAAGGUGCGGAGCACACUCGCGAUCCAGUCACAACUUAUGAGUGAUUGAAUCGAUUUUCUUGUUGGAAAUCUACCGCACAGAGCCGCCAUUUUGGACUUGCAAGCUCUCGCGACGACGGCUUCUCGCGGGUCGAACGAAGGCUCCGUACCGUUCACGUCCAAAGCCCAAGACUCGAGGCCUGCGAAACGCGUCAAGAGUGAAGGCUCGGGCCACGCUUCCACAUCGACGAGAUCGACUCGCAAUUCUACGACAUCGAACAGAGCAAGUGGCACAGCCUACGAUGAUGCCGCCAGCUCGGACCUCGAGAUCAUCGAAAGUCCUCCUGUCGUUUCGAGGAGGUCCCAGCGCUCGAGUCGGGGAGGUAACCCAGACGAUCGUAGGUUCCAAUCUACAUUUCACGUCGGUUGUGGUAUGGAACAAAGCUUACCAUGAACCCUGCUCCACCGCUGCUUAGCCAAUUUGAACGUCGAAUGCCCCAUCUGUCAAGCCCAAGUACGAAACGCCGACAUGAACCGGCAUAUCGACAGCGGAUGUGCAGUUAUCAAACCUGCCGGAGCCGCGUGGGGAAGCAUGUUCUCGAGUACCUCAGCCAACACGAGCGGGGAGAGCUCCAAGGGCAAGGCCAAAGAUGAAGAGAUGUGAGCUACCCUUGCUCGUUAAACGAGCUGACGUCAAAUCGAGACUGAAUCGGUAUCCUUUGAACUCAGAUCGGGUCACCCGACGACCGACCCGAUACCUCAAAUAUCAUACGCCGGAAUGAAGCUCAAAAGGAUUCAUAGCUUGCUUGAGGUGAGCCUGCACGUUUCUUGCAGGAUUCGCAUCGGAGCUUACUCACCAACGCAAAGUCUUGUAUUCUCUCCUCGCUCGCAGGACUUCAAUCUCGACCUCUCCGUCCCACCAGAAGCGACGAAGCAGGAUGCCAAAGUCGCCUACCUCACCAAGCGUCACCAACGAUGGACGACGAUCUGGAAUGCCAACUCGGACGUUGACCCCAAGGACCCUCGGCACAAGACGCCGUCGCAGAUGCGUCAGGAGCUCAAGGAGUGGGAGACGACGAUGAGCGCGCAGGAGAAUCAUGCGAUUGGGAAUAGGGACAAGUAUGCUAAGGAACAUGAGAAGGAGUUUAGGGAACUGAUCAGGGUGGGGAAGGAAGCGCAGAUGGCGGCGAAAAGGAAGAGGGAAGAGGUGGCGGCGGAAGAGCAGUGAGCGAUGGGUCGUAAAUCAUCGUGAUCAGGCGUGAUCUUCGUCCUGAUUCGGAUUUUCGGGCUUGAGCAGGAGCAGCGGAACCAAGGACGACGCGAUGGAAGUCGAAGAAGCUGGAGUCUCCGCCGGCCUCGACGACGAAUCUGCAUCGCCGACCCUGCAUCCUCCACCAUCCUCGAUCGUCCCCGAUAGUCCCAACAUACCCCCUGCGUCGAUGAUCAAACCUCGAUCCUCUGUACGGUUCGCAGCCGCCGCCGGCUCGCCUUCGCCUUUCCAUUCCCCUUCAUCCUCUCCGGCCCCUUCCGUCGACCAAGCCGAAGCCGAUCCUGCCGUCGACGAUUCCUCCUCGAAAAAGACGUUACCCUUCAGGGUCCUAGACCUCGGAACCCACGUACCGAUCGCAGCAGCAAGUACUCGUGACCGCAAACGCUCUCCCUCACCCUACGAUCCCCGAGGUCCUCGACCUUCACAGAGAAAUCGACAAGAGGAAGAGAUGUGGGCUCGAAGAGCUGAGGAGGAAGAAGCGGAUGAGGAGGACGGGGAGGAGGAUGACGAUGAGGCUCAGCUUCGCGCCGAGGGGGCUUUUUGGGGUGAUUAUGCCAAGGAGUCGGACUCUCUGAAUGAGGGGGUGGGAGAUGAAGUCUCUGGGAAUGUCGAUGGAUGA